AUGAGUGUUAUGCGCUCAGCAACACGUACAUCUAAACAAGUCGAUGACACAAUAGAGCGGACACCGGAAUAUAACGUGUUUAUGAAAAAACUGGAGGAGUUCCAUAUUGCUCAUGGCACGGUACUUCAGAAAGAACCUGUUCUCGGAUCCAAAAAGCUUGAUUUGUAUAAAAUCUAUUGUAUGGUCGUUGCGGCUGGAGGAUUUGAGAAAGUUUCUCAAGAGCGUGGUUGGAAAAAAGUAACCAUUCCAUUUAAUUUUCCAUCCACGUGUACCAACUCCGCGUAUGUCAUGAAAACGGUCUAUGCAAAGUAUCUUGAAGCAUUUGAGAUGGAGCAUUUAUGGGGGAAGCCUGUUCCAUAUGGAGGUUUACCGAGCAGUGCAGUGUUUGGAGAUGAUUUACGCGGAAAUGUAAAAGGACUAAGAGAUGGAGGAAAUGUAAGUGGUGCGGGAAGUGGAGGCGUUAUCGGUCAGUCGAGAUCGCUUGGAUCAUCAGGACAGAAGCAUUCUUUUAAUUCUUUUUCUGAUGCGUCAUAUUCUUACGGACCCAGCGGACAAGCAUUAGACAAUCAUUUAAUGGGUGGCCAUCAUAACAGAAUACUGCUCGCGUUCAAAUCAUCUCUCCCAAAUGAAGUAGAGUGGGCAUUCACCAAACUUCUUACUCUUUCAUAUGAAAAACCCUCGUCACUCUACAUCGACUCCAUUCCUGGACUCAUCGACACGCUACUCUCAUUUGUUCAGCCAUUUUACGAUACAUGUAGGAAGAACUGUGACGAGACGCUUUCACGAGAAGAAUAUUGGUCACGUCAUUGUGGAUUAAGAGGGUGGUGGAACGCAGAAGAAACUGAGAAAGAAUAUGCGCAAGCAAUACAAGCACUCUUAAUAAUCAGAAAUUUGAGUUUCGAGGGACAUAACGCAAGAUUGAUGGCACACUAUAAACCGCUUAGAGACCUACUGAUAGAAGGGGUAACAUCCCAAACUAUCUCAAAUUGGUAUGAGCUCCGCACAUACUGCCUCGACGCGAUAGAAAACAUGUGCUCGUACAUAACACUCAGGUCCAAAUCUGAGCCUCUCCUUUCCCUACUUUUUUCCAUGCUUUUUUCUCCUGACCGAUGUCUGGUUCUAUCAUCUAUCCGUUCGCUAACAAAUCUUGCUUCGACUGAGCAUAAUGUCCUUAUAUUCCGAACACUGGACGCAUCAAUUGUGAGGCGCAUGUGUCAGUUGCUACUCGUUAACGAUGAGGAUCUUAUUUCGGCAUGCUUGGACUGGUUUUACCAGUUCACUAGCAUACAUGAUGAAACGGCUUUGGACAUUGUGAAACAUGCACCGGGAAAUUUUGUCAAGCUAAUGAAACACUUUUUAAAAUAUGGAGCCGUAGAAGAUUAUGAGGAAUUUAUUAUAGGCAAGGAAACAGAAGGACUCGUACAACACCGUGUAACAAAGUGGGCACAUUUGGAAGAACCGCAAAGAUGUGUUGAAUGGCUAAAAGACACAUUCGAAUCAUCUCCCAAGGACAGCCUUCUGCAGACUGAAGUAUGGUUUGCAUAUCGUGACGAAUUCCGUGAGAUACCGCAUACUAUGAUGCCGGCUGCGGAAGUAAUAAAACUUGUAUCUCAAGCAUGUCCAAAUUCCGUUGCCAUGAUGGUGAAUACGCCUGAAGGACAAAAGUAUAUUGUUCACGGGAUUAGGAGGAAGGCGACCACUAAUUCUCAUCCAUCUGCAUCUUAUCAUUCUACGAAUUCUGUUCUUCCCACCACCAAUACGUCCAUUAUUAAUACCACUGCUGCAAGUACUGCUUCGCCUCUUGUCCCGUCUUCUACCACACCCCCAUCCAUAUCUCAGCAAUCCCCAUCUCAACAACCAUAUCCGUCUCAACAAUCACCCCAUUCUCAGCAAUCACCCCAAUCUCAACAAUCGCCCCAUUCUCAGCAAUCAACCCAAUCUCAACAAUCGCCCCAACCUCAACAAUCGCCCCCGUCCCAACAAGCACUCCCAUCUCAACAAUCACUCCCAUCUCAACAAUCACCUCCAUCUCAACAGUCACCUCCGUCUCAUCAAUCACCUCCAUCUCAACAGUCACCGUCUCAACAGUCGCCUCCAUCUCAACAACCAUCUCAAUCACAAGGAUCACCUCCAACUCAACAAUCAACACCAUCACAACAACCAACGCCAUCUCAGCAGCCAGCCCCAUCUCAACAACUACCCACAUCACAAAAAUCAAGUAAAACUUACCCUGCUAUGGCUGCCUCGGCAAAACGAGAUCCGAGAUCAUACAAUGAUUGUCCAAAAAUUUAUCUCCAGUCUGACGAAGGCGGAGAUGCUAUUGGAAUCCCCUUGACAGCAGCGUUGAUUCUCAGGAAUCUCAGUCAAGUUAAGGCUGUGGUGCCGUAUUUUACACCAUACGAGGAUGAGCUGGCUUGUCUGUUUGCUUCAUGCAGACAAUUAGCAAAGUAUCUAGGAGAGACAUUGGGCAAUUUAGCAAAUUUGGAAAAUACAUAA